AUGUCGCUGACGAGCACUUCUCUGGUGGCCGUGUUGAACAAGGAGUUCAAGCCGAAUCUCGAGGACCUGUUGGCCGUUUACGGCGAGGUCAAGAUCGACGACAAGAUCAAGAACAUCAAGGCCAAGGAGGUGGGACUCGACCAUUUGACCAUCGUUUUCAACCACGACAGUUUGGAGGUGGAGAUGUUGAAGCCCAUUCCGUUCGACAAACCACUACAGACCUACGAACAGGUCCAGACCCAUCUGUUGCAACUGGCUCGUCAGGCUGCCGAGAAACGCAAACUCAGCCAUUUGCAGGUCCAGCAGGUUUGGUAUCCGCAGAACGUGAUCGAAAAAGGUAUCGUGAUUGCCGUCUGUAUAAUGAUGGCCGGUAAAGUGAUGCCGAACUUCACAUACAACGUUGUUCUCACCAGAGUGCUGCCGUUUCCAAAUCAUUGGCUUGAGGCGUUCCGGCCAUACAACGAUUUUGUUUUGAUGACGGCCAUCACGCUGCACGCAAUCGAGGUGGCCAUCUUCAUGGUGAGCCGUUUCUACAAGUACAGAGUGCCGGCGGAUGCGCAGCUGGAGUGGCUGGUGUUGACCACCAUCGAGGGCUACUUCUGCAUCCGGCGGUUUGACCAGGUGGUUGCGCAUCGGGCCAAGGUCUGGCAGCACUACGAAGACGGCGGCAAGUUGAUCGACGAGAAGGAGAAGUACGAGUAA